CCUACUAGUAAAACAUAACUCCAUUCAUCCAACAUGAACACAAUUUACAUUCUUUUCCUCUUCACUUUUCUCUCAACAACCUCCUAUGCUUCUGUCAAUGAUUUGUGUGUAGCAGACUUUAAAGGUCCAAGCACCCCUUCCGGCUACCACUGCAUGCCCCUCGCUAACUUAACCUCAGACGACUUCGUCUUCCACGGCUUGGUUGCCGGAAACACCACAAACUCCUUCAACGCCGCCUUAACCUCCGCGUUUGUCACUGAUUUCCCAGCCCUCAACGGCCUCGGCGUCUCCGCAGCAAGGUUGGACAUAGCGAAAGGCGGUUCGAUUCCGAUGCACACGCACCCUGGUGCUACUGAGUUGCUGAUGAUGGUGAAAGGUAAGAUCACUGCGGGGUUCAUGACACCUACCGCGCUUUACUCCAAGACGGUGAAGCCGGGAGAUAUCAUGGUUUUCCCGCAGGGGAUGUUGCAUUUUCAGGUGAAUUCUGGUGUGGGGACAGCUAAUGCUUUUCUUGCUUUCAGUAGUGAGAACCCUGGUGCCCAGCUACUUGAUCUUCUUCUGUUUGCUAAUGGAUUGGAUUCUGAUAUUGUGGCGAAAACUACGUUUCUUGAUCUUGCUCAAGUGAAGAAGCUUAAAGCUCGUUUUAAUGGGAAAAACUAGUUAGGACUAGUGCUUGGAAUUCCAUCAAUCGUUUCAAUAAUCAUCGUUAGUAAUAAUUUUUUGUGCGUGCUUGCUUUGCCAUUUUUAUGUUCCAGUCCAUCCCAAUUGUGAUAUACUAAUAUAUAUAUGGUUUGAUUUGUGAUUUU